GCAACAUCCGGGUUUCUCGAGACCGGUUUCCUACAGCAAACUGAGGAGAACUAUUAACUUCUCCACCUGGCAGUUUGCUCACCAGCAGCCUUGUUAGCAAGAUGAGCUCAGAUGGUGGGGGCAAGCCUGUCAAAGUGGGCUCCCUUGUGGAGGUCAUUGGAAAGGGCCACCGCGGCACUGUGGCCUAUGUCGGCGCCACGCUCUUUGCCACUGGCAAGUGGGUGGGUGUCAUCCUGGACGAGCCCAAGGGCAAGAACGAUGGCACGGUGCAGGGAAAGCGCUACUUCACCUGCGAAGAGAACCACGGCAUCUUUGUGCGCCAGUCCCAGAUCCAGGUUGUUGAUGAUGGCUCUGAAAGCACAUCCCCAGACAUUCCUGAAUCUGCUGCCUCCAGGCUGCCUAAGCGAGAGAUUCUGGAGACUCCAAAGUCAACAAAGCUGACUCCGUCAACUAAGAAGCAAUUCUCUUUGAAAACCCCCUUCCCUCUCCACCAGACUACCACUCGUCCCACAAAGACACCCCGGGUCCUUCCAGCCCCUGCUUCCAAUUCAUCAGGCUCUGCCUCACUUAUGGAAAUGAGCACAAGCAGUAGCAGCCCUUCCCAGACCCUGCUUGCAGCACCUGUCAUCCCCUCGCCCAGUAGUGCAGUUGCACCUUCUGGAGCCCUGCCCCAAGCCACACCCAGCAAGGAGGAGGACACCCUGCGGAGCCAGGUGAAGGACCUGGAGGAGAAGCUGGAGACGCUGCGCAUGAAGCGGGCUGAGGACAAGGCCAAGCUGAAAGAGCUGGAGAAACACAAGAUCCAGCUGGAGCAGCUGCAAGAAUGGAAAAGCAAGAUGCAAGAACAGCAGGCCGAGCUGCAGAAGCAGCUGAAGGAGGCCAAGAAGGAGGCAAAGGAGGCUUUGGAGGCCAGGGAUCGCUACAUGGAGGAGAUGGCUGACACCGCGGACGCCAUUGAGAUGGCCACGCUGGACAAGGAGAUGGCAGAGGAGCGAGCAGAGUCUUUGCAGCAGGAGGUGGAGUCGCUCAAGGAGAAGGUGGAAGAGCUCACCAUGGAUCUGGAGAUCCUCAAGCAUGAGAUUGAGGAGAAGGGCUCUGACGGCGCCGCCUCUAGCUAUCAUGUGAAGCAACUGGAGGAGCAGAAUAGCCGACUUAAGGAGGCCCUGGUCCGGAUGCGAGACCUCUCAAGCUCAGAGAAGCAGGAGCAUGUGAAGCUGCAGAAGCAGAUGGAGAAGAAGAACGCAGAGCUGGAGUCUCUGCGCCAGCAGAAGGACAAGCUGAUGGAGGAGAUGAGACAGGCUGAGCAGACCAUCGAUGAGCUCAAAGAACAGGUGGAUGCUGCACUGGGGGCAGAGGAGAUGGUGGAGACUCUGACAGAGAGGAAUCUGGACCUGGAGGAGAAAGUUCGGGAGCUGCGGGAAACAGUUAGCGACCUGGAGGCAAUCAACGAGAUGAACGACGAGCUGCAGGAGAAUGCACGUGAGACAGAACUGGAACUGCGGGAGCAGCUGGAUCUGAGUGCAGCCCGUGUGCGGGAGGCUGAGAAGAAGGUGGAGGCGGCCCAGGAGACUGUGGCAGACUACCAGCAGACGAUCCAGAAGUACCGUGAGCUGACUGCACAUCUCCAGGAGGUGAACAGGGAGCUGACCAACCAACAGGAGGCCACGGCAGAGCAGCAGCCCACAGCAGAGCUGUUUGACUUCAAGAUCAAGUUUGCUGAAACCAAAGCCUAUGCUAAGGCCAUCGACAUGGAGCUCAGGAAGAUGGAGGUGGCUCAGGCCACCAGGCAGGUGUCCCUGCUGACCUCCUUCAUGCCAGACUCUUUCCUGCGGCAUGGAGGAGAUCAUGACUGCAUCCUGGUGCUGCUGCUCAUCCCCAGGCUAAUCUGCAAGGCAGAGCUGAUCAGCAGGCAGACACAGGAGAAGUUUUCAUUGCACGAGGGCAGUGUGGCACAUGCCAGUUUGCGGGGCAGUGCCGGGGAGCAGCAGAGCUUCGCCGCUGGCCUUGUCUACUCCCUUAGCCUGCUGCAGGCCACCCUGCACAAAUAUGAACAUGCUCUGGACCAGUGCAGUGUGGAUGUGUAUAAGAAGAUGGGCACCCUGUACCCAGAGAUGAAUGUGCACGAACGCUCACUAGACCACCUCAUUGAUCUGCUGCACAAAGACCAGUUGGAUGAAACAGUGAACAUGGAACCUCUCACCAAAGCCAUCAAGUACUACCAGCAACUGUACAGCAUCCACCUGGCUGAGCAGGCAGAUGACUGUACUAUGCAGCUGGCUGACCACAUUAAGUUUACCCAGAGUGCCCUGGACUGCACAGCAAUGGAGGUGGGUCGCCUGCGAGCUUUCCUUGAACCCGGGCAGGAGGCCAGUAAUCUGGUCAUCCUGUUUAAGGAUGUGGAGACCUUCUGCAGUGAUACCCGUCAGUUCUGCAAGAAGAUCCGUCGCAGAAUGCCCAAUGCUGAUGUCCCUGGAAUCCCAGCAGCUCUGAGUUUCAACCAGCAGGUGUCGGACUCCCUGAUUGACUGCCGGAAGCACUUGAUACACGUGGUGGCUGUGCUGCAGGAGGUGGCGGCUGCAGGGACCCAGAUGGCGGCGUCCCUGGGUGAGCACGAGGGCCUGUCUGCCCUCAAGCUGGAGGACGUGGCCUUCGCUGCGGGAGAGCAGGUGUAUGGCUCCCAGGGCACUCACCCCUACGAGUGCCUGCGCCAGUCCUGCAGUGCCAUCAUUGCCACCAUGAACAAGAUGGCCACUGCCAUGCAGGAAGGAGAGUACGACGCAGCCAAACCGCAGAAACGGAAUACUCCACCAGUGGAGCUAAGGGCGGCUGCACUGAGGGCAGAGAUCACAGACACGGAAGGGCUGGGGGUCAAGCUUGAGGACAGGGAAAUGGUCAUCAAAGAGCUCAAGAAGUCACUAAAGAUCAAGGGCGAGGAGCUAAGCGAGGCACAUGUUCGGCUGAGCCUGCUUGAGAAAAAGCUGGACUGCUCGUCCAAAGAUGCAGAUGAACGUGUGGAGAAGAUCCAGACCAAACUGGACGAGACCCAGACUCUGCUCAAGAAGAAAGAGAAGGAGUUUGAGGAGACCAUGGAUGCCCUGCAGGCCGACAUUGACCAGCUGGAGGCGGAGAAGGCUGAGCUGAAGCAGCGCCUCAACAGCCAGUCCAAGUCAACUGUGGAAGGGCUGAGGGCAGGUCCAGCCUCUGGCAUUGCCUCCAUAGUCACAAGUGUGACAGGAGUGCCCAGUCUAGGCACACUUCCAGGUCAGGUCCAGGUGGUGGACUCUCCUCUCCUCAUGCAGCAGAUCCAGGCUCAGCGUCUCAGCAUCAAGCACCUGAAGAAUGAGAACAACCGUCUGAAGGCUGAGAAGAUGAAUGCCCAGCUGGCUUCUCUGCCUCCACUCCAUGUCUCGAAGCUGCCCUCACCAGAGAGCUCUCAGCCUGCUGUGGCCUCCAGCGCCCUCUACCGCAAGACCGACCAGCUCAUGGAGACCCUGCUCAAAAUGAGCGCAGGCAUCAAGGUGGUGGAUGUCACUGGGAAGACCCCAGUGAGCCCCAGCGCACAGCUCCUGGAGCAGACUGCACGCCUACGGUCUCUGAGCGAGGCGCUGGACCGGCUGAAGGAUGAAGUGGCUGACCACGUAGUGAAACGGCAACCAGGUGCUUGCACUCCCUCUGAUUUUGCCACAUUCCCCUCAGUGCCCUUCAUCAAGGCCACUGAGGAAAAGAAGGGGGACACAGUGUUAGUGGGAAAGGUGAUGUUUCCCUGCAGCCGUGGAGAAGAGCAGGUGCAUCGCCUUGUUUUGUCCCACCAACAUCUACACAGAGUGCACCACCUCCUGAUGACCUAGGCCCUUAACUUUUCCACAGCACUUGGACAUCUGAACUAAGUACCUUUCUGAAGGAAAAGCACAAUUUGAUUUGACUAUCUUGUUUGGUUAGUGAGUUGUUUGUUUUUCCCUCUAGUUUCACUUAAAUUAUGGGAUGAUGUAGGUUGUUUUGUAAUAUGGGGAAAGAGGUACCUGGAAAGUCCACACUGUGCAUGGGGUGAGCCUGUUCCUACAAGAGAAUAAUCAGUGACCAGAGCUUUUCUUCUGUAUGCAUCAAAUCAUUUGCAUGGAGAACUAGGGUGUACAUGAGCAGGGGCUGUAGUACGAGGUAGAAACAGCUUGCAGCCACCCUUACGAGCAGGAAUGAUGGCCUUAGCUGUGGCUUAUCCAACCUGUGCACUAGAACACUGAUGUAACAUUUGUAAAGGCUAGUCUUCAUCCUGAAAGUGCAGUUGAUUGGCAGGAGUAGCGUUUAAAUUGACAAUCAACCCCUCCCCCUUGACUUUUGUACUUUCACACAGUCUUCAAUAACUUUCAAAAUUGGUAUGUAAGAAAUCUUUAGCUGAGAAUUUCUAAAGUGUUCUUUUGCUUUUGUUACCUCUGGAACCAGCUUUAGCAAUAAUCCAUUUAACUGACAUGCUACAAAAAGUUCCAACUAUGUUUUUAAAUGUAUACUGCAGGUUGUGGGGGUCUGACAUGGCAUAGAAAAAUGUGUGUGUGGGAAGAUAACAACUAUACACUACAAUGUACAAUGUUGUUUAUGAAGGCCACUAAGGUAGGACAUGGCAAACUAGGAAGGGUUUAACUCAUGUUAAAUUACUUUUCUAAAACUAAAUCUUGCUGUUUAAAAACUACCACCAGUGGUGGCAUGCUGUUGAAGCUGCAGCCUGAAAAGUGAUCUUGUCAAGUGUCCUUCACAUGGAUGGAGGAGCCCUUCAGUCAGUUACAAAAAAAACUUGUGCAUUCUUAGAAAUUGCUUGGCCACUGAAUGGUCAUUUUCACCCAGUGCAGCACUAAAGUCCACCUACCUGUUGUAAAAGCUUUUGUUGAUUUUAGUUUUAGCAUUCUGCCAAAGAUGAUCUUCCUCCUACUGUUGCAGACCAAGAGACGUGUGUUGCACGUCCCCUUUACCUUCAUGCAGUGAAGGAACACUUUAGUACUGUAGCUGUUUGAUUAAUAAAGCUUUCUUACAAUUUACACCCACUGUUUGAAGUUUUAAAAAACUUUCUAAAACAUUGACUCCCCCCCCUUGCCCAAGGCCUCAUACUUCAUUGCAACUUAGAGCUGUUCAGAGCUUAUGCUUGGAUGUAAAGCCAAGGUGAACACAAAUAUAGCACAUUAGCCUUUUAAUUCCUAUUGGGAAUUGAGUGUUCAUAUUUGAACUCAGAUCCUUCAUGAAGAUCUUCUGCACCCCCUGGCUCUUCAGAAGGAAAUCCCACCGCUAAAGACAACUAAACCCCUGUAGUUCAUGUGCUAUAGUGCAGUAGUUCUCUAAAUAGUACUGUUUCCAGAUUUCAGUCUAAAGUUCUGCAGAAACCAAGGCUGCACUUUCUCUUGUGAUGAAACCAUUGAGACCAAGGUCUUAGCAACUCUUCUUACACAUUACACAUCUGAGGACACCCUACAUGAACACCACUACCAUCUGUCUACAGAAUGGGAUUGGAACAGAUCACUGUACAUGUGACUGCUCUCUGUAUUAAUAGGUCUAAUGGCUAUGAAGCGGGAGAGGGGGCUGCUGGCAGGCAACCCUUUGCAGAGCAUCCAUUAGUGAUCUGACAUGCAUAAACAGGUACAACAGGCCACUGAGAUCCAAUCUCUGUUUUAACGAGACCUAGGGUCAGUGAGAGUAUAAUUACUUAUGCCACUCAUUAAUCUACACUUUAAAAAAAAAAAAAAAACCAGACUCCAAACUGACUAUAUACUGCCACAGAAAAGUCUAGAGCUGCUUCUUGCUACACACUCACUAGCCAUUGAAGGGAGCAUCUGUGUGACACAUUUGCGGGAGGUCUUAAUGGGAGCACCACUCCCCCUACACACCAAUCAGUGCAGCUACUUAGAAUUCCACAUGCAGCAGGUUCCUAGAAAUGAAUCCCAGACAUCUGAAGCACACCAAGGGCAGUUUAAUUUACUUCAGUCUGAACAUAAA